AAUAGUGCUAAAUAGCUUGUGAUAACAAACAAAAUACGGAAGGCAGCGGUAUCGUCCGCUAUACUUCAAUUAGUGCCUUUCUUCCGUCCUGUUUACACACUUGCGUUGAUGGCCAACAUGAUCACAAAGCCACAAGGAAACAAGGAAACUAAGAGAUUUGGGAAACGUGAAGUGGCAUCUUCCGGAAUCGAGAGUGGAUGUUAUUCGCACGCUGCUUUUCGAGACAAUCAACUGUUUGGUUCGGUUUGAACAUGGCUUCUGAUAGUUAUAUUUUCUGCCUGAGGGUUAUAGGCUUAACCCUCUGCCUAAGUUAUUCCAUAGCAGCACAUCGUCAUGCGCACCACGAACUGAUAGACAACGUGAAGUAUAGUUACGGAAUUUUUGCUCCUGUUGGGUGGACGGUGGGGGCCUACAGUUGGUAUAUUGUUUCGUUGGGACUUAUCUUGGGAGCGAUACUGUUGCUAUACUUCAGCAAAGGAUGGAGCACUGGAUUGGGGUAUUUUAACCGACGUUCAUACGAUUUCCAGCGGACAUUUGGGGAAAGUGAACUUUUCGACGAAUUGGAUGUACAGCGGGAUCACCACGUGGAUCGAAGGUUGUUCUGGGAAGAUAGGAUCGGCAAUAUAGCUAAGAAAAUUAUGGCUCGCGGUUAGAAUA